AUGUCUGAAAACUAUUCUGAAGAGAUUGUAUCGGAAGAGGAGGACGAAUUUGCAAGUGCUUCAGAAGGCGAAGAUGCACUACCUCAUCCUGUUCAAAUCGGCGAUAAAUCUCAGACGGCAACUGGAAAAGGCGCUGUCACGUUGGAUGCUACGUUGAAUAGUCGAGAACAACAAAAAGAAUCAACAUUUGAUAAGAAUACUGAACAGUCUCCAACAGCUCCACUUUCGAAUACCUAUACAAUGUCAACGGGGCAGCAAGAAACCUCAGGUUGGAGCUCUUGGGGUUCCUGGUUAUCUUCUGCCGUUAGUAAUGCCACAGAGGCUAUCGUCAUGGGGGAUGUAGAUAGUUUAUACAAUAAAGCGAAUACAAUAACUACGACUAUUCGACAUGUUGCCGCUGAACAAGUUGAUAGAGUUUAUGAAACACUCGAUCCCGACUUUACAAAAGGCGACAACUCGAUUCGCGAAUCAGAAUCUAACGAUCAAGCGGGAAUCUCGUCAGAAAAUCAUGCGUCCGAAGAUAAUGAUAUUCAAAGGAUCGAAGGACAAACAGGCGAUGCUAUUAAGGAUACCGCCGAAGUCCUUCUUUCGACGAUUGAUAAGACUUUUGACUUCGCAUCAAACGUUCUUGGAAAUGCCGUUUUCGGUGGAUAUAAUAAACUCUCAACAGAAUCAUCAAAGAUUCAAGAACAGAUUCAAGUGGGCAGACUUUCUGAACAGCUUCAAGCAGCCAAGCUUAUUGAACAGAUUCCUAUUGGGAAGCUUACUGAUAAGCUUAGUGGAGUUGGUCAGGAAGGCCUUGGAGCGCUGGAGCUAUUAGGUAGACGAGCGAUAGGUGUCAUUAAUGAGCAGGGCUUAAUUCGAUCAUCGUCAGAACAUUUGGUGAAGUUUGACCAGAUUAGUCAUUUGACAGUCAAACAAUUAUUCGAGUCUAACACAGGAUCUGCUCAUCUUGAGGCUAUCAAAUCCUUGACAGAUGAAGCAUUAGAAAAGUAUGAAACUUUGUUAUCAUCCGGGAUAACUCCAGACCUUAACCAGAUUGAAGAAGUUGAACGGAAUCUGGUUAAUGAUGCAAUACCCGACGCUGUGCAAGAAACUGACAACAGCGUGUUAGCAGCGCAAGCUGAUUUAAAGCUUAUGGUUGGAUUAUUGGAAAAGAUGGAAAUCAAAGCCUCCGCAAUAGUAAGACAGCUACGCAUGAUUACAAGAAAGUUGGCCAGCAUUACACAUAGCAAUGUGGCGGCAUUUGAAAAUGAUUGGAAAGAAAUAGAGCAAGAUAUUAUGUGGGAGGAACCAGUAAACAAAAGAAGACAAACCAAGGAUUUUUUUGAAAGUUCUAUCAGAGCAAAUUAUGAAGCCGGUAUCAGAGUGCUGGCCAACUUUGGAGAGAAGUCAUGUGAACAGAUGUUGCGAUUGGCGGAAGCAUUUCUUGUUCGAAUUGCAGAAAACAGAUUGAAUGACGAUGAAGAAAAUAAAGUCUCGCAUGCGACUCCUGCAAAAAUAUCGGAACAUCUUAGAGAUUUUGCGGCAAAACUUUUAACAGAAGUACAUUUUGUUGCGGGAACCUACAUCAAGACGAUACAAGCAAUUGUUACUCGUGGCAAGACCUUUAGCACAAGCUUUGAAACAGCAGACUGGGACAUACUUGAUCAGCAGGUGCUGAUGGUAUAUGAGCAACUCCAUACUGAUUCAGGAACGGUCAUUACUUAUAUCCAAGACUCUUCGAGCAACAUUUCGAAUAUAUUGAAAUUGAUGGUAGCAGAGAGUUAA